CACGGCCCAACUGAGCUCUGGAUGUGUGCACGAGCGCGCAGAUGUCAGGAUCACCGUGUGACGGACGGGGAGAGAGUUACGUCAUCGAGGGGGCACCAACGAGUUUUGCCAAAGGAAAGCUUGUAGAUUCACAGUGGAAGAGGGGCGCUGGGAAACGAACACAUGCUGUGUGUCUCAAAUGAACGCUCUCUCCGCGGUUUCUCCCGGUGACGCUAUCGCGGGGAAUGCAUGAGAAGCAUGACACAUAGCUGCGUGAGGAGCAUGGAGGGUACAGGACAGCCUGGAGCCAGAGACGGCAAGUGAAAGCUUUUAGAAUCCAAAUGAAACUCACCUGCUGCUAACGUUAAAGUCAUACAUUAGAGAACCUCCAACUCCAGUGCAGCAGUGUAAUUGAGUUUGAAUGUAUCAUGGAGUGUUUUUAGGGUAGAGGAUCCUGGGACACUGCGUUUUUGUGAGUGUUUGCUGUAUGCAGCAGGCACUGGCUGACUGUGGGAUGUUGCUAUGGAAACACUUGCCCUGUUCUAGGGUGUUGAGUUGUAUUCCACCCAGUACUGUGCCCCCAUUACUGUGCAAAUGUGAUUUAAGAUCUCUCUCUUCAAGAAGAAGGGUUCAUUUUUGCUUCGUGCAGCUGUAGUUUGAAUUGUAGAUUGUAAUAAAAAUAAUCUGGUGAUUUUUUUUAUAGCUUUGUUAUAGAAUAUUGCAUUGUUUGGUCUUUUAUCAUUCUCCUCACUCCCUGCAGCCUCUCACAGGCAAUGCCCAAAUGCUCCUCUCUAAGCCAUGGCCUGGCAGAAUACAUCCCAAUUUCGAUAUGGCUUUGACCUGGGGGGACAUUACCAGGAUCUGCGUCCUCUUGGCACGGGAGCGUCCGGCCUCGUCCUGUCUGCGGUGGACAGGCACAGCGGUCUGUGUGUGGCGGUUAAGAAGCUGGUCAUGCGAGAUGCCGUCAGUGUAAAACACGCUCUGAGAGAGGUGAAGAUCACCCGCCACCUGCAGCACGAGAACAUUGUCAGGGUGUAUGACGUGAUGGGCCCGUCCGGUCACCCUUUACCUCUCGACCUUACCCAUCUGUCAGCAAUAUACAUAGUGCAAGAGUGUAUGGAAACUGACCUGGCACGAUUACUGGAGCGAGGGCCGCUGCCAGCAGAACACGCCACCCUGCUCUUUUAUCAGCUGCUUCGUGGGCUCAAGUUCAUCCACUCGGCAAACGUACUGCACCGUGACCUCAAGCCAGCGAACAUCUUUAUCAACACAGAGCAAAUGCUGCUGAAGAUCGGAGACUUCGGUCUGGCUCGCAUUGUGGACCCACAUUACUCACACAAGGGAUAUCUGUCAGAGGGAAUGGUCACUAAAUGGUACCGUUCACCGAGACUGCUGCUGUCUCCAAAUAACUACACUAAAGCAAUUGAUAUGUGGGCCGCAGGCUGCAUUCUGGCUGAGAUGCUCACAGGCCGCAUGCUGUUUGCAGGUGCUCAUGAACUGGAGCAGAUGCAGCUGAUUUUGGACACCGUGCCUGUUAUUAGAGAGGAGGACAGACAGGAACUUCUGAAGGUCAUGCCCUCGUUUGUAGGUCAAGGGUGGGAGGUCAAGAAGUCACUCAGAAAACUAUUGCCAGAGGUGGAGGACAAAGCCAUUGAUUUUCUGGAGUGCAUCCUCACCUUUAAUCCCAUGGACCGACUGACAGCAGAAGAGGCUUUGUCUCACCCACACCUGCAGAGAUACUCGUGUCCUCAGGACGAGCCUGUCUCCCUGCAGCCUUUUCGCAUAGAGGACGAGCUAGAGGACAGUCUGGUCACCGAGCACGGCCAUGCGCUCAGCUCCCACUGGGACAGGUUUGAUGGGAGUUUGUCGUCAGACGUUUAUUGGCCGCAGCAGGAGCAGUGUGGCUGCAUGCAGAGCGUCUCUGAACUGGGAGAGGCGGAAGAUGAAGAAGUUCAAAGAGAUCCACGAGCGAGUUCAACGGCCCACAUCGAGGAGGUUCAGGUAGACCCUCGCAAACACUCCCACAGCAGCUCCGCAGAGCGCUUCCUGGAGCAGUCGCACUCGUCUCUGGAGCGCAUCUGUGGUCAGUUCACGGAGCUGGACUGUGGCCGCUCCUGCGAUUACAAAGUGGGCUCUCCGUCCUACCUGGACAAGAUUGCGUGGCGGGAAGGUAAGCCGCAGCACUACUCUGAACCCAAGCUAAUACUGGACCUGUCUCACUGGAGGCAUAACACCAUGUCUGCUCCGAGAGGGGGCAGCGUGGAGAAGCCUCUCUUCGAACCUGGAGAUCUGUUCCAGGAGAUCUCGCACUGGGUGGAGAGCACACAGUCUGGUCUCCACUCACCUGGUUCUCCUCAAAAACCACUCACCUCCCCGUGUUCCCCUCCUCAACCUCUAUCUCCUACAAUGCUGCCUCAUUCUCAAAUGCAAACCGCGGGGGCUUUGCAACUGACCAGCCCUCACGACAGCAGGAGGAGUCCUAACCCAUUCUUCUCUGCACCUCCUUCUCUGCUGCCCACUUCACCUUCCUCUCCUCAUCACAGUUCAUCCGAUUACCUUUCUUUCUCCAUUCGUUGCAAGAACGAUGCAGAGCCAUCGCAGAUAGAUCCUUCCAGAGAAGAACAUUUUGAUCUGGAUGUGUUUAUCUCUCAGGCUCUGAGGCUCUGUGGUCAGAGCGAGGUUCUGGUGGAGAACUCAGAUGCUCCUGAAUCGGGAAGCAUUAGUCAUGUUCGUAACGUCGCAGAUCACAGACCCUCCAGAACACAAACUCUAACGCCGGAGAUGGUCAAGGCUCAUGGAUAUCAUAAAGAGCACUGGUAGAGGAUAUCUUUGACUUUUUAUUUAAUGAUACUGAAGAUGUUUGGCAAUAAUGAAUGUGAAAACUGAGAAUGUGAGAAUGUUGUUUUAUUACCCGAAGCUAUGAUUCUGUAUUCCACCAGAAAUCUCAAGUAUUUACCUCUAGAA